AUGGCGACUACUGUUUGCGACAUUCUCGAGGCCGCUGGUUUGACAGUGCUUCGACCAAAUACCGCGGCCUAUACGGCUCGAAACCAGUCGUACUGGUCAGUCUCGGCGCGAAUCAAUCCAACUUGCAUAGUUCAGCCUAGGUCCACUGAGCAGGUUGCGCAGGCAAUUACCAUCCUGAAGACACAGACAACAUGUAAAUGGGCAGUCCGUGGCGGCGGUCAUGCAUCAUACCCUGGGGCAUCCAACAUCAGCGAUGGCGUGACACUUGAUCUGGGCCUGAUGAACCAGACCGAGUAUGACGCCGAUGGUCAAAUCGCUAAAAUAGGCGCAGGAGGCAGAUGGCAUGAGGUUUAUACAGCUCUGGAGCCAUUCGGAGUUACGGUUCCAGGUGGCCGAGCAUCUCAAGUUGGCGUUGCCGGAUUCCUCUUGGGCGGUGGCAACAGUUUCUUUAGCAGCAUGGUUGGUCUUGGCUGCGACAGUGUCAUCAAUUUCGAGGUCGUGCUCGCGAGCGGACAGGUGGUCAACGCCAACAGGGAGGUCAAUGCGGACCUGCACAAGGCGCUCAAGGGAGGCUCUGGCAACUUUGGCGUCGUGACCCGGUUCGACGUUCAAGCGUUUCCCAUUGGAGAUCUCUGGGGUGGUCAGGUGGUCUAUCCUCUCACCACGACCGAGCAGCAUAUUGCGGCGUACGUUGACUGGGUGGACAAUAUACGCAGCUAUCCCUAG